AUGGACAACGAACCUCCUCCCGAGGAGUCGCCUCCCGGCGAUUUGCCCAGGUAUUCUCUUACUCGAUGCGAAGCAUCCGAAACCACGAUUUCUUGUGACAGCCGUGAUAUUGCAUCUCAUGAAUAUUCUAUGUUUAGCGAACAGGCUCUUGACGCUACUGACAUUAUCAGCGUUAGAUGCGACGCAUCCGAUACUCAGAUUUCAUGUGAUUCCCCAAUGGACACUUCGGAGCCCAUUGGUGAAAAUUCUUCUUUAGCCGAAACCGAUCCCACACAGCUACCGGAAUCUGUUACAGGUACUACAGCCGGUAACUCGCUCAUGGCCCAUCAGCCGACGACUCCGCCUGCGAGUCAACCAGACGACUCUCGCUCACAGGAUCUUCAAGCGUCCGAUCUUCUCCAGUCGUCUAGUCUCUCCCCGGCGUCGUUACGCAAGGCUCGCAGCGCACAGGACCUCUCACCUCUUGCGAAGGAGCAGCCCUUAGCGAGCAUGACCGCCUCGAUGGAACAGCCCAGUGUGGCGGCAUCCGUGAAACCCCCUCCUCAGGUUUCUUCUCGGGUCAGGGACUUGUCACCCACUCCAUCCGUCACCCCAGCUAAGGCUCAGCGAUCGUCUUCUGGUCCCCGUAGAUCCUCGCUGACCCAUCCCCUACCUUCAAAUCAUAGCAGGGCGGCUUCUUCCUCCUCAUCACAUCGCGGCUCCACUCGCAACCGCCGCACCGAGGUCGGCAGCACGACCAAGCUCGCUAAGCUCUGCAGCGCCGCCUGCUCGGCCCUGGCCGCUGUCAAUGCAGUCGAUGGUGACCGACAGACUCACACGGUUGUCGCCUAUGCAACGACCCCUAUAUGGUUCCCGCACCGGCUCCAGUUUCGUCUUACCAACAUGGCUUCCGAAGCCGGCUGGUUCCCUGGUCGCCACGCCGUUAUUUGGGUCUACAACGCUCACAACCUCAUACAGGUCAAAAUCAUCGCAGUCGUGGCCCACCCCAUCUCGAAAAUUUGGACGUGUGCAAGCGUUCCUAUGGUCCCACGGUCCUCUUGA